UGCCAGCGGGCUGCACAGCCACGUCCCCAAGCCCAGUGUCUCUUGGUCUCAGCAGCUUUGUGGUGAAGCUCCACAAUGUCAACCAAAGCCACGAAGAUACUCUUCCUGCUUCUUCUUCUUCUCCCUGUGGUGUCCCAGGCUGCUGCAGUGUCAGACACUGUGACGUGUCGGAAGACCAAGGGCGAGUGUUCGUUCCUGCUGUGUCCCUUGUUUAAGCGAGCCACCGGUACCUGCUACAAUGGACUGGCAAAGUGCUGCAGGCCAUUAUGGUGA